CUUAGCGACAGUGUCAUGGCAGCUUCCUGAGGCAGGAAAGUAGCACAUGUGUGUCGAAUCCAAGACAUCAACAGAUCACCUACAUCUCUCACCAUUCUGUGACAGUCAGAUAUGUGUUAAUCAUUUCCAAACAUCAAAUUUGCUUUGUCUUUCAGAAUUAUCAUUAACACCCUGUGGUAUCUGUCAUAAACUACUUGUCAGCCCACAUCUGAGGUAAUUUUAUCUGCUUAUCUGCCUACUCAUCUGGCUGCAAUGUGGGCUUCUCUGGAGCAUGAUAUAUUGAGGGGCUUCCCAGUUACAUUUCAAGAGGCAAGAUCAGAGGCACCGAUUAAUGGAGAAAUCAAUUCCCUGCUCCAGCUGCUGUUUGAAGGCAAUUUUGAAGGUGUUCUGCUUAGUCCAUUAGUACAGGAUAUCUUUACAGCACCGGCCCCAGAGGAGAAGAUUGAUAUUUACCUGGAAAGACAGAUUUCUGCAUUCCUGGAUGCCCCGGCUGAGCUUUAUAAUGACAGGCAAUUGUUGGUGUUCCUGCUGGGUGUGGGCUCCCUUCAUCUAUUUGUUCAAAGUAACUGGACUGGGCCACCUGUCCAUUCAGAACCACAAGAUUUCUUACCUCUUCCUCUGUUUGAGACAUAUUCAGAGAGUAAAGCUGUCUGUGCAGCAAUACUGAGCACACUUGUUCUUGAUGGAGAAUCUAUCUACAGCCUGACAGCCAAUCCAAUUUUCUUGCUUCUGGCCAGAGUCAUCCUCGUGACCCUAAGGAACAAACUUACAGUAUUCCAGUUGGUACCAUGGUGGACUCUAAGAUGUGUGAACAUUCAUCAGCAGUUACUGGAAGAACGAUCUCCCGAGCUGUGUGAUAUAGCUGUAUCCUGUAUAGAUAAAGUUCCAAAAAUUGAGAACUUAUUUAUGGGAGAAGCUUCCAGAGGCUUGUACGUGCAACUAUAUCUUGAGUGUGGAUACACAUGUCUCUAUUAUUAUGACUAUAAAAAGGCGAAGGAGCAUCUUCACAAAGCCCGAGACAUGACUAAUCUACAGGUUAAUCUAACUGGUGCUUUGGGAAAACGGACACGGUUUCAGGAAAACAACUUGGCUCAGCUUAUUUUGGACGUGGAAAGGAAAGGGGACUCCUUCCUACGCAACGAACUGACGCCAGCCCCGACCCCUGCAGAGAGCUUGCCAAAGAACCACGAGUUACAAGAUGACACCGUCCUCAACAAAGUCAAGCUUGCAGAUCCGGAUCAGUUCCAGAUGCCUGACCUGUGUGCAGAAGAACUGGCACUUGUACUUGGAAUUUGCAUAGAUCUCCAGAAGAAUAACCCAGUGCACAAGUUAACAGAGGAAGAAUUACUGGCUUUUACUUCAUGCUUGCUUUCACAACCCAAAUUCUGGGCUCUCCAGACCACUGCACUAAUUCUUAGGACCAAAUUAGAGAAAGGAAGUUCCCGGCGUGUUGAAAGAGCCAUGAUGCAAACCCAGACUCUUGCGGAUCAGUUUGGAGAAAAGAAUCCACCAGUCAAUGAGCGUCUGAAAGUGUUCUUCUGCUCACAGAUGCCUCCAAUUUGGGAUAUUCAACGUCAGCUUGCCAGCUUGUUGUUUGAUCUGGGUUGUAUUAGUUCCGCUCUGCAGAUCUAUGAGAAGUUAGAAAUGUGGGAAGAUGUUGUCAUCUGCUACGAGAGAACAGGACAGCAUGGAAAGGCGGAAGAAAUUCUGAAACAAGAAUUAGAGAAAGAAGAAACACCACACCUCUACUGUCUUCUUGGAGAUGUUCUACGAGAUCACCAGUACUAUGACAAAGCCUGGGAGCUGUCUAACCACCGUAGCGCUCGUGCACAACGUUCGAAGGGCAUUCUACAUCUUCGGAACAAGGAGUUCCAGGAAUGCAUUGAAUGCUUUGAGAGAUCCGUAACGAUCAAUCCCAUGCAGCUCGGAGUAUGGUUUUCUCUUGGUUGUGCCUAUAUUACCUUACAAGGAUAUGAAGGAGCCGCCAGAGCUUUUCAGCGGUGUGUGUCUUUAGAACCUGAUAAUGCUGAAGCUUGGAAUAAUUUGUCAAGUGCCUACAUUCGACUAAAACAGAAACUCAAGGCUUUCCGAACACUCCAAGAGGCCAUAAAGUGCAAUUUUGAACACUGGCAGAUUUGGGAAAAUUACUUAAUAACCUGCACAGAUGUUGGAGAGUUUUCUGAAGCUGUGAAGGCUUACCAUAGAUUAAUGGAUUUAAGAGAUAAAUUCAAAGAUGUACAGGUUUUGAAGAUAUUGGUUAGAGCAGUGAUUGAGAAGUUAGACGAUAGCAGAGGAGAAUCCACACAUGGCCUCAGGACCAAACUACAGGAAUUGCUGGGAAGAGUGACCUCCAGGGACUCAAGUGAUGCUGAAAUAUGGAGAGCAUAUGCUCAGCUGUAUGGAAAUGGCGAAACAGAAAGUGUAGAAGACAAUGAAAAGGCCUUACAGUUUCUGACCAAAGCUUACAAGUGUGAAAUGCAAAAAACUGGAUGGGAGCAUGAUAUUACUUCAUUCAAGGAAAUUGUAAAAAGGGCAGUUGACCUUGCACAUGUGGCGAUAAGAUGCAGCAAGAGUACUUCUAAUCCUCAGGAAGCAGUGCAGAUGCUGUCCUCGUCUCGUCUCAAUCUGCGUGGUUUGUCCUCUAAAGCAAAGCAACUCUUUACAGAUCCAGUGACUGCAGAGGUUUCUACUGAAUUAACAGAUGAAGUCCAAACGAUGAACAAUCUUAUCGCUGAACUACAGGAAAUCAGCAAUCAACUGCGGAAUCAGUAUUGAAGAAAAUGUUUUUCUUGGAAAAAGAGAAACCCUACGAAUUGUUUGAUAAUAAAUCUGCCAAGCACCAAAAUCCAGUUUAAUAAAACUUUUCUUUAAGAAAUCA